CCCAAAAACAAGAAAAAAGAGCAGUGAAACGGUGCGUUGGGAUGAAUUUUAUUGGCGGUGAUCAUUGAAUGCCGGUGAGAAAUAACAGCAAAAAGAAGCAGAGGAGCGUUGUUUAUCAUUUCCUUUGUUACAGCAAAAAGAAGAGUGGAUGAAGAUCAAAUCGUAAUGAUGAUAGGAGGAGGAGGAAGAUCAUCGUCGUCUUCAACAACAGCCGGUGGAACAUGGGUCUCAACAACCUCGGUGUCGGCUUCAGGGAAGAGGAUUCAAAGGGAAAUGUCUGAGCUCAACGCUGACCCUCCUUCCAAUUGCUCUGCUGGCCCCAAGGGUGACAAUCUCUACCAUUGGGUCGCCACCAUCAUUGGCCCUCCUGGAACACCAUACCAAGGUGGCAUAUUUUUCCUUGACAUUACAUUUCCGAGUGAUUAUCCCUUUAAACCUCCCAAGGUAGUAUUCAAAACUCGAAUAUAUCACUGCAAUGUUGACGCUGCUGGAAAUCUCAGUUUGGACAUUUUAAAGGAUAGUUGGAGCCCAGCCCUAACAAUUACAAAGGUGCUAACUGCAAUCAGAUCAAUUUUCACGAACCCUGACCCUUAUAAUCCUCUCAUCUCUUCCAUUUCUCGCUUGUAUUUAGCUGAUAAAGCUAAACACAAUGAAAUAGCUGCAGAGUGGACACUGCGGUUUGCCAAAUAAGCCAAGUAUUCCUUUAGGGAGCAUUACUACAAGCAGCAACCAGAAUUUCAACUGCACCACAUGCAGAUUUCUUCAUAAAUUUAAUGAUGGCUAACUAAACUUGUUGUCUGAGCACUUUGGCUUUCCAGCUGGUUUGAUAUUGGUAAAAGAACCUGUCUGCUGCUCUGCAAGUGAGCUAAAAAAUUUUAACUGGUUAAAUUUAGACCCCAUUUUGGCAGUGCAAUGCUGUAUCAUUGCGGGAAAUGCAGCUCAAUGAAACUGUAUGUUAGGGUUACUUGUUCCGUCUACUGUUUUAUGAAGGGGGGUUUGGAGAAUCAAUGGUUUUUUCCAUUUGUUUUUAGAAAUUAUGUAGUACUUUUUCACAGUGAAACUGCCUUGUAGCUAUGAUCCAUGUAUCCAUGUUUAUUAAUAUCCAACCUCUCAAUUAGAUCUAACAAUUCACGUAUUUAUAUCAGUGUUUAUUUCAUAUUAAACAUAUGCAAAGCAUGAAAAUUAUUAUAUCAUAAUUAGUAUUGAUACGUUAAAUGUAAAUCUCAUUUGUGAUUUUUGUGAAAAUUUUAAAUUU